AACAGCAACGACAAUGUCUGGAAGAGGCAAAACCGGCGGUAAGGCUCGCGCCAAGGCAAAGACCCGUUCAUCUCGUGCCGGUCUCCAGUUUCCUGUGGGCCGCGUGCACAGGCUGCUACGCAAAGGCAACUACGCCGAGCGUGUGGGCGCCGGCGCCCCCGUCUACCUGGCGGCCGUGCUGGAGUAUCUGACCGCUGAGAUCCUCGAGCUGGCCGGAAACGCCGCCCGCGACAACAAGAAGACCCGUAUCAUCCCGCGUCACCUGCAGCUGGCCGUCCGCAACGACGAGGAGCUCAACAAGCUGCUGGGCGGAGUCACCAUCGCUCAGGGCGGCGUGCUGCCCAACAUCCAGGCCGUGCUGCUGCCCAAGAAGGCCGACAAGCCGGCCAAGGCCAAGUAGACCCCAACACAAACUAAGACAAAGGCUCUUUUAAGAGCCACACACUUCUCCAAGAGCUUUUCCUCGCAUUUUCA